GAAGAAAAAGUUUGCAGCCUCAAAUACAACAAAAAAAUGUUUCUUUUUAUAAUUGGUCAUGUACAAAGGAAGUAAACACUGAAGUUUUAUUCGAGCCAACUUCACUUAAGGAAUUAGUUGAGGUUGUUAAACAAGCAAAUUUAAAUAAGACAAAAUUUAGGCCCGUAGGGGCUGGCCUUUCUCCUUCAGGUUUAGGUUUCUGCAAAGAGGGUAUGAUAACCUUAGCUAAGCUGGAAAGCAAAAUAUGUGUCGACACUUUUAAUAAGCGGGUAAACGUUACUGCGAAUGUUACGGUGGGUGAGUUAGCAGAGGAAUUGCGGAAGUAUAAUCUUACUCUUGAAAAUUUUGCCUCGAUUAAUGAUCAGUCUGUUGGUGGUUUUAUUCAAGCUGGCUGCCACGGCACUGGUGCUCUUGUUCCCCCCGUCAACGAUCAGGUUGAAGGUCUGGUGCUAGUGACACCGGGGCUUGGGCCAAUUAGAAUUCUUCCAGGUACUCACACUUUUAAAGAUACUCAAAAUGAAGUGGAUAUAAAAAUCAUAGCUGAUGACGAGUUGUUUUCUUUGGUAAAGUGUGGAUUAGGCGGCUUGGGGAUCGUUUAUGAGGUAACUUUAAGGUGCGUCCCCCUCGAAAACUUAGAAGAAGUCACCAAGGUUUUCCGCCUUGAAGAGUUAAAAAAGAUUCAUACACGCCUUCUUCUGGAAAACAGGCAUGUCCGUUAUAUGUGGUACCCUUUUACCGACUCGGUUGUGGUAGUGACCUCCAAUCCCACCAGUAAGACAGCCGCGCCAGUGGCCUUGUCGCACAGUCACUCCUUGAAGCCCCUUCGCGAAAUAAUGACCCACCGGACAGGCGGCCCCUCCGAGCGUCCGGGUGACCCCACAAGCCUCGCAGCCUUCCGAGAUGCUCUCAUCUCGCUGGACCCACUCAACGUAGACUUUAUUCGGCAGGUAAACAAAGCUGAAGUCCAGUGCUGGAAAAACUUGGAAGGGACGCGGAUAGGUACAAGCCCGGAAAUACUUAGCUUUGAUUGCGGCGGGCAGCAGUGCGUUUACGAAGUCGCCUUCAAAGUUGAGCAGAACUGCGCACACAAUGAGAGCCCGGACAUAGAGUUUGUCAUGCGCCUUCUAAAGCGCAUAGAGACCUUGAACAUUCCUGCUCCCGCCCCGAUCGAGCAGAGAUGGUCUCAGUCUAGCUCAAGUAUGAUGAGUCCGGCAUAUUCCACUUCAAUAAGCGAUAUAUUCACGUGGAUCGGAAUAAUCAUGUAUCUUCCUGUCGGUAGCGACCUGCACACGCUGAACGCUCGCUGGAACAUAAAAGAAGUUUUUCACAAGGUUUACACCAAGGUACUACUCGAAGCGGGGCCAGUGGAUCCCCUGCAGCUCAGAGCCCAUUGGGCAAAGCUCGACCUUCCUGCCCCCGAGGGCAACGAACUAAGCGAACUGCGGGCUAAGCUAAGGAAGCAGUAUCCCCUAAAACUUUAUAACACCUACCGCCGACUGUUGGACCCAAACAGCAUACUCACCAACCAAUGGAUGGACUUGUUGAUUGCACAGAAUGAUUAAAGUUUGUGACGAACUUUAUUGCUAAUAAAAGGAGACGAGCUGGUGCGUAUGAAAAAAUAAGUUUUACUGCCGCUCCAAUGCAACAAAGGAGUAGGACUUGGGACGUUCAAAAAGGCCGUAGUUUUUCUUGAA